ACUCUCUAGUCCGACACUUUUCAAGCGCUGUCCUUCACGUGCUAUGCGGCUUGUUGCAGAGCGCCUCCUUCUUCUUUCUGUCUCGUUUUGCCAAACCCAGUAACUCCAUUAUUCGAACUCACUCUCUCCUUCCUCUCGCGGCAGCUGCCAGAAAGAAACCGAUAGAUACAGACUCCGUCUCUCAGAAUGCUUCACCAAACGCUGCUUCUAUAUGUACUGUUGCUGAUCCUGCUUCCACAACAUGAAAUAGCGUUCACCGCCGCACUCCCGACGUCUCCGAUCUCCGACGCCGCUGCGCUGCUAUCCUUCAAAUCCGCAGCUGAUCCCAGCGGCAGCCACCUCCGCUUCUUAUCCACCGCCAACCGUUCGUCAUAUGGGCAAUGCAGCUGGCCCGGCGUAUCCUGCUCUGCCGACGGGAGAGUCGUCCGCCUCGUUUUUGAGAGUUUCGGCCUCAAUGGAACCUUGCCGAACUUCACUCUCGGACGCCUUGAUCAGCUUCGAUUGCUUAGCCUCAAGUCCAACUCCCUCUCCGGCCCCAUACCUGAUCUCUCCGCCCUUCUUAACCUCAAAGCCCUAUUUCUCGGCCAUAACCUCCUCUCAGGACCUUUUCCGUCCAGCAUAGUUGAACUACACCGCCUCCGCACCAUCGACCUCUCCCACAACCUUCUUUUCGGCCACAUUCCCUCCGGGCUCACCUCCCUCGAUCGCCUCUACUCCCUCCGCCUCGAAUCCAACCAUUUCUCCGGUCCCCUCCCGUCUCUCAACCAGUCUUCCCUCAGAAUCUUCAAUGUCUCAGCCAACGACCUCUCUGGCCCUGUUCCUGUAACGGCCGCACUUUCUGCCUUUGGAGCGGCUGCGUUCGCCGGAAAUGGUCGCCUCUGUGGUGCUGUCGUCCGACGCGAGUGUGGCUCCGACUUACCCUUCUUCAAAACCAGCGCCGCUGCUCCAUCACCAGCUAAGCCGCGGCAUGGCUUCAUACUCCCAGGGUCCGCUUCUGCCACUGCUUCUCCUCAGAGAAGCCACAGGAAGGAAGUGAUGGCUGCUGGGUUCUUCGCCGGUGCUUCCUGUUUGGUAAUACUUUUGCUAGGAGUUUUUUUGGUAGUUCGGAAGAAGAGAAAUAGAGGCAUGGGAAAGAACGUCAUUAGUGAUGUGAGUGGAGGGGAUGGUGAGAUGGAGGCGCGUGCAGAGAGCACUGCCGAAGAGGUGGAAGAAAGAUGCAAUGAGCUCGUGGCAGCUGCGGCAAUGACGGAGGAGAAGAUGAAGAGAUUGGGGAAGAGUGGGUGCUUAGUGUUCUGUGCAGGGGAGGCUCAGGUAUACACUAUGGAGCAGUUGAUGCGGGCAUCAGCGGAGAUGCUGGGAAGAGGAAGCGUGGGUUCGACAUACAAGGCUGUGCUGGAUAAUAGGUUGAUAUUGUGCGUGAAGAGAUUGGAUGCAACAAAGUUAGGUGUCGCUGGAAAAGAGGGAUUUGAGCGGCAUAUGGAGGCAGUUGGGAGGCUUCGGCAUCCCAAUCUAGUUCCUCUUCGUGCAUUCUUCCAGGCAAAGGAGGAGAGGCUGCUCGUUUAUGAUUACCAGGCGAACGGAAGUCUCCAUUCUCUCAUUCAUGGUUCAAGAUCAACCAGAGCUAAGCCUCUGCACUGGACAUCAUGCCUGAAGAUUGCAGAAGAUGUUGCCCAGGGCCUUGCAUACAUCCACCAAGCCUCCAGAUUAAUCCAUGGCAACAUCCGAUCAUCAAACGUUCUCCUCGGCUCCGAUUUCGAAGCCUGCCUCACCGAUAAUUGUCUCUCCUUUCUUAUCGAUCCAGUCGUUCCUGGCAACAAUGAUUCGGGAUAUAGAGCUCCCGAAACCCGUAAAUCGAAUCAGCGUUUGACGCCUAGGUCAGACAUCUACGCUUUUGGGGUCCUGCUGCUGGAGCUUCUCACAGGGAAACCUCCAUUGCAGCACCAACUCCUGGUUUCUGCAGACCUGCCAACAUGGGUUCGUUCGUUGAGAGAUGAUGAAGGGGGUGAUGAUGAACGGUUGAGGAUGAUAGUCGAUGUUGCCGCGGCCUGUGUUCGGUCUUCGCCGGAGAGCAGGCCGACCACGUGGCAGGUCCUGAAGAUGAUUCAGGAGGUGAAGGAGGCUGAUGUUGGAGAUGAUGAUGAUGAUAAUGAAUCAGGUAUUUCUUAGUCCUUCUGGCUUUUGUAAUCAGGUUGAUUUUGAUAUUGUUAUUUUCUUGUGUUGCUGAAGAGAUGCUAGUAGAAUGGGUGGCUGUAGCUUGUGUUUUUGCCUGCUAACUUGUAAUAUAAAUGGGUUUGGAUUGCACUGUAGAAAGCGAACAUUGGUUGAGAAGAAUUGCAAAUGUGCUUCUAUUUAAAGUUGUUGGGUGAAAUCUAAAUCUUUAGGGAAAUUUACAUACA